AUGUUUCGGUUUGCCGAGUCCCGCGUUCGCGCCGAGACGAUCGGUGUGGAGAACGUACUGCAGGACAUGGGCGUCAUCUCGAUGUUCUCGAGCGACUCACAGGCGAUGGGGCGAUUCACCGACGCACGACAACUUCCGCGUGUUGCGCUACGUCGCGAAGGUCACGAUCAAUCCCGCGUUGACGUUUGGUCUUUCGCAUGUGGUCGGGUCGAUCGGUGUCGGAAGAUGGCGGAUCUUGUUCUCUGGGAGCCCGCAUUUUUCGGUGCGAAGCCGAAGACGAUCAUCAAGAACGGUCUGAUCAGCUGGCAUGCCAUGGGAGAUCCGAAUGCUUCACUCCCGACACCACAACCGGUGAUCUACCGGCCGAUGUUCGGUGGAUUCGGCAAGGCGUUGCCG